UCUGGAACUCGUACUUUCUUCAAUUCUCCUACGGAUGCUGCGAUGUACUUGAUACAGGUACUUUUGGGCAACUGCAGUUAUGUAAUUGAUACCUAUCAUUGGUAAGUGCGGUCGGACAGCGUGCUAGCGAUCAUACGAAUUGCGGCUCUUGAAACCCAGCCGUGUUGGUUUCAGAACCAAUAGCAACCCCUUGAUUCAUAUUAAGUACUGUAUUGGCUGCUCCGUACCCUAUAGCUGAAAAGGUCAUUUGGUUAUCACGUUGGCCAUGGGUUUGGGACUUUUAAUAUUUUAGUUACCGACUUACUUUCGCUCUUCUUAUUACUCUUUUUACCUACUCUUCCUUCUUGACGGUGUAUAGUUGUCUGCUUAGAGUAAUUACAUCUUCCGAUUUCAUCAUGGCUACGCGACCGAGUUUGUUUACUAGAGGGCUUUCCUCCCUCUCCCAGAGCACCGAUGCGAACUCGCCGAAUGUCAGCUCGCCCGCCGAGCAGCGAGACGAUGCUAAGCGCAACUUGUUCAAGACCAUGCGCCCUCUGCCAACCCAGCAUUACUGGAACGUCUAUUUUGACAGACAAGCCAAAGACCAAAAGAAGGAAGACGAGGCCAACUAUCAGGCAUCGCUAGAACAGCUGGGAACCCAGAUCGAGUCGGUCCAGGACUUUUGGCGAUACAAUAACAAUACCCCGGUAGACCAGAUCAAGAUGCGCGAGUCUAUCUACUUGUUCAAGAGUGGCUUCAAGCCCAUCUGGGAGGACCGCCGUAACGUGUUGGGUGGUAGUUGGACCUUCCGUGUGCCUAAGAGUUCCGGCCCUGACUUCUGGACCCGCAUCCAGCUGAUGGCUAUCGGCGAAAAGCUACAGGAGGUUUUGGAGGAAGGCGACCAGAUCUGCGGCGUCGGCCUCUCCGUGCGCUUCAACUCGCACCUGAUUUCCAUCUGGCACCGCGACGCGUCUAAGCAAAAGUCCAUCGACAAUCUACUGCAAGCUGUCUUGGACGACUUACCUCCUGAGCUGGCGCCGAAGUCCGAUAACUACUUCUACAAGAAGCACUCGGACCACCCCGGCUUCAACCCGCCUCCCGAGCUUAAAGCGGUCCUUGACUCGCAAAAGAAGACCCUGGAGGCGGCCGCCGCUAAGAGCGCUGCUGCUGCGGCCCCUCUAUCCGAGUGACCAUUAACCUAGUACAUGGCAUAUAAGGCAAAGGACCAGCGAGUUUUCUUAGAAUUCCGCACGCAUUGUGUGGAUAUUGCACGGCUUGCCUUCGUGGUAUAAGUCAUCUUGCUUUCCCCUUUGUGCGUACGAGGGGGCUGCAUUUUUGGGCGUUUGCAAUGGAUAUGACUGGAUACGAUUGUUGAAUCUCUUGAAAAUUUGGAUGCUAUAUACGAGAGCGGGAAUUUCAUGGGCCAGACUUGCAAUGGGACUUUGGGUCUAGUUGUCCUGUUGUGACCCCUGAGUAUAAAUGCAGACAUGUGAUCUCUAUAUAAAUAUUAUAAUAGACUUUAUUACAUCGAGAGAAUGCGUCUGGUCCAUUGGUAGUUUGUAUGCACAUGCCGA